CGUCUGCCACGAUAGAGCUGCCGCAGCGCAUUACACCCACCGUUGGGCCCCAGAAUGCGCGCUGGCUCCAUCGGAAUCCUUGGCUGCGUGCUCGCGUCCUUAGCAAUUAGCGCUGGAAACAACGCGGCCAUUUCUAACGAUCUCAGUAGUACAGUAUCUAAACAGCAAAGCCCAAACAAAGACGAGAUUUCUCGAGAUGGGAUAUCAACAGAGACUUCGGAAAGUGAAGUAACUACAAGCUCUCCAGAAUAUUCAAGAAGUGCGGCAUACGCAGUCGCUUCCAGCGAUGGCAGUGGAUCCUCUCAGGCAGUGGCUCAAGCUACAGCUACAAGCGGAGGAGAUAACACACUCAAUCCAGGAAUGGGCGGUAGAUACCCACAGUACCCACAAUACCCCCAGCCAAAAGGCUUGGGAUAUGAUCCGUCUCAAUUAGUAAACUAUAACCCUCAAACGUUAACUUCCGGACCCAUACUACAUAAUGCACAGGCCCGACCAAAUACUCCAGGGGGAAUGAACCCUUACAGUCUACCGUUGAACUGGAAUACAAAAUAUCCAGGAGCAGGUCCUAAUUUGUAUCCAAACACGGGUUUCAAUUUUGCACCACAAGUAUCAAAUGCACAGGCACAGGCUUUUGGAACAUCAAGCUCCGCUCAGGCUCAAGCUCAAGCAAAUGUAUUACAGCAAGCGUAUCCAACUACGCUACAACAAAAUUAUCCGUGGGAUAACGCGUAUAAUAACAUGAGUCCUGGAUACGUUUCUGUUCAACCGCAAGAUGUACCUGAUAGUCCUGCUCAGACGGUAGGCCAAGGGUAUUAUCAGUAUGGUCAAGCGUACCCACCUCAGCCGGUGCUACACAACCCCGUAUACACCGGGCCGGUUUCCGGUUUCCCAGAUUAUGGUUCGGCUCAAAUUCAGCCCAAUGCUCUGAGUGUAAGACGAAACACUGAGUCUAUGCAAGCUCUCUUGAACGAAGGACCAUACCUCACUACUCGACGCUAUGAGCCAGCGCAGAACGAAGCGAAACAAAGUUAUUUAGCUUACCCGCGGUCCGCGCAGAACGUAAGAUCAAACAUGAGAGCGUUUGGCCCAAUAUAUCAAAAUGUUGGUUAUAACGCUGGUUCCAUAGAAGCGCAAUCGGAUCUGCCAAUCUACAAAAAUCUGCCAAUCUAUGCUCCUGGAAUUAAUGUUGUAACGCAGUCCAGCUCAUUGCCCGAAAACUUUGGAUACACUACAAGUCCGGCGAACGCAUUCUCGAGAAUUGUUCCCGAAGAGGAAGUAAUCUAUCCAGAUGAAAUACCAGGCGCAGAAAACAGUGUAGUAUGUGGCCGAAUCGGCGAGCUACACCACUUAUGGAUGGCGUCGUAUCAGUGCCUAGUAUGUGUAUGCGCCGAGGAUCGCGGACAGUUGCGUCCAGCAUGCGCGCGCUGCGCAGACUGUCGCACCCCGGACUCCUUGCGGCCCGAAUCAACACAAACUAUCAGCCCAUUGAUUGUAGAAACUCAAUCAUCCUCGGAAUCACCAGCGUCCUGCAACCCUUUACCAGUGAACAAAGAGUUUCAGAACCCAUUGAAUCCCUGUCAAGUGUGCGUUUGCCAGCAGACUAGCCGGCACGAUGUGAAGAUCACCUGUCAAGAAAGUCCACAGUGCGUAAUACCCGCGAAUGUGCCGACAAUACCACCCAUGCCCGUGCCUUCCGAACCAGUUUCAUUACCGCUGUGCAACAAAAUGCCGCAGAACGUGUUGUUCCCGCACCCUACUGAGUCGUGUAAGCUGUGCAAGUGCUUCGUGCAGCGGUCACCACCGGAAAUGGCAGAGCCGCACGUGCUCUGCCAGCCCAACCCCGAUUGCCGCUUAUUUCCAGUACAUCCAGACAAGCCAUCGCAUCCGUCAGGGCCAUAUGCAUUUCCUAUCGAUGAAGUCAUACCUCAGGACCCUAGUAAACCAGACACUCUCCCCUACGCGGUAACCGGCUACCCAACUUCCUCGGAAGCGUAUCCUUCACCGGAGUCUAUCACGGAUCACUACGCACUUUCUUCAUUGACCAUCCCGUCGAGUUCGCCGUCAUCUUUGGAAACAGUGCCAUGGCCACCUUACAAACGCGGUCCUUUACCGGGUCCUCCUCCACACGACUCGUGCCGCCCGUUCCCGCCUAACACACCAUUCGACCACCCGUGGGACGAGUGCCAGGUGUGCGUAUGCAGCGAGGCGGCGGGGCAAAACCACGUCUCCGUUGAAGUCUCGUGUUACACCAAGCCUUCCUGUUGUAUUGAAAUCCCAACAAUUGGUCCCGCGAAACAAGUAAUAGUUCCGACCAGCAUACCCGCCGCGGCGUCUGGAAACUCGCCCCAGUUGCAUAUUCUCGAUAAAAUGUGCGAAUUCAAGAGUUUCGGGGUGGAGUUCCGGAGCGAGGCAGACCGCUGCCGCAUUUGUUCGUGCGAGCUAAUCGGAGCGUAUGUGGCACCGGUUUGUCGACGAGCACCUUUGCCCGAAUGUACCAAUCGGCCUGCUUCAAUUUUCAACGGACAAGUCAUUUACAUCGAGCCCCGUUGUCGACAUCAGCUGCCGUACCAGCCCUUCGCCGUCGGCUGCAACCACUGCACCUGCCAGUCCAUUUUCAACUACGUAGUUGCCAAAUGCACUUCAAACCCACUCUGUCACAGUGCCAACAUAGAAGGAAAGACGUCGGCCAAUACCCAGGCAAACACACAAACCCAAUUUCUGAGCUACUCCGGCGGCUUGGUAUCCGCUCCUUUGCAGCCUACUCGUCCAAUGCCUUAUUCGUCGCUACAGACCGCAAGCGGUUUAGGAGCAGGAUAUGCGAACGUCAACAGUUAUCAGAAAGAACGACUUUACUCCAGCAACCCGGCGUCCGCUCAAACCGGUGCCUUCUCACAAAAUAAUAACUUCUACACAAAUGGCCUCGAUGGAUACAAAGGAUACCAGUCACGAAACGAAGAAGCAUUGGCGAUGGCAACAGCUUCCAGUUCGGGGCUCUAUCAACCGUCGAUGAUCAACUCCUACCCCACCGAAAAUAUUUACUCUCUAGGAAAUUUUGGCAACCGCGCGGAUUUAUUAACACAAUCCAAAAACUCCAUUUUUUUCCCUAACAUUAACACUUAUAAAUAUACGCCUCCUAAUACCGCCCAUCCGAGCGUAAUGCAAGUUCUGCCCACGCAAGACGUGUAUCCUUCCAUGUACUCGAGACCCGGAUACAAUCCUUCUCCACCUCACAUGGGAGGCAACUGGGACACCUUCAAAUCGAAUGCUAAUUUGAAUACCCAGUCGUCUAAUGCAAUGGCGAGUGCCAGCGCGAGCGCAAGUGCGAGCGCCCUCGCGGGCAGCAGUGGUGGGGGCGGGGGCAGGGGUUCGCAGUGCCAGUACGAGGGAGACAUGUACCACCAGCGGUGCCAGGCGUGCUUCUGCCGCUCCCACGGCAACGGGCAUCUCUACGCUGUGUGCCUGGGCGAUCCCUGCUAACGACGCGGACAACUUCGGGAGAUAGAAAGAGCGGCGAAGAAACAAACGGAAACGCGAAGAUGAGCGCGGGCGUGCCUCGCGCGAGCGACGACCUCGGCGACUGCUAUGGACUCCGCUCCAACUUAGUGACUACUGUGUGAUUAGCAAGCGACAUAGCACGCCUUUAUAAUUUAUUUAAGUACUAUUAUAACCAUGCAAUUUAACGCAAUAAAUGUAUAUUUAUAUAUA